AUGCCACUCAAUAACUGGAGGGAGGAUUACUAUUAUGUUGAGUCCAUUGAGGAACUAGGUUUCAGGAAUGUGAGAGAUGCGAGGUUUCUGCCCAACAAUGAUGGUUUAAACCUAAAGAAAUCUGAUGCAAAAAGAAAACCACGUCCUCAUAGAGCACUAGGAGGUCAACGACCAUAUCGUGGGAACAGUCGUAGCUCUGAUGGUGUAAAGGACGGUGGAGGUCGAUAUGAUAGUCUGAGUGCUCCAGGACCUCCCUACGAUGAUCAAGUGGUUAUUCAACAUUUUCUGGAAAAAGAAAAAGAAAAAGAGUUUGAGGACGAGUUUAUCACAUCAACAUAUUCGGCUGAAAAUUCAGUUAAAUCCGGGAAACAAUCUUGGAAAAAUCCGUUAAAGUCAACUCAACAAAUCCGCGAGUUUGGAACUGAUAAAUCAGUGAAGCUUGAAUUAUCUGAAGGAGGAAGUGAUGAACCCGUGCCAACACAGGGCCUUACACACAACACAGAUCCAUAUAGGUUUAACAGGCCCCCAAAUCAAGAAAAUUCAGCCCCACCGAAACCAUGGCAACCAAUUCCAGACCUAAAAACUGGCAAAAACUUGAAAAAGGAAGAAAUAGGAGAAACAGGAGUAAAACAGGAAGAAGAAACUAAUUUUAUGCAUCAUCCUAAUGAUAUCAUUCACCAAUAUACAGAUGACGGGAAAGAGAAUAAGAAAGGCAAGAGUGAUGGAGCUCCGCAAAAUGAGUUUAGAGAACCUAAAUCCCAGUUUAAACGAGAUGAGAAACAACAAGAACAGGAAAUUAAACAUCAAGUUGGUAUAUUUGUUUCCACAACUCCAGCUACCACAUCAACAACUACAGAAACAACAACAACAAGAAUCACAACAACUACUUUUCCCGCUUCUACUAAACCUACCAAACCUCCAACACAAUAUCCAAUGUUCAGUUCCCCAAUAAGUAUACCACUGGGAAACUUCCUACCCCAACAAAAAGCAAAGAACAAAAAAUCCAGGUCAAAGCUGAAAAUUGUGGACAAGGAAUUAGAGGAGGAUGUUGGAGAAAAAUUUGAGAAUAAAAAACGAGAUCUUGGAAGUGGAGGAGAUCAUUCUUCUAAUCAUCAUGCUAAACCUAAAACAUCUCCACAACUUCAUCCAAUCCAACCUGGCCCUGGCGGUCCUCCAACAUUGAUUUAUGGUAAACCUUAUCAGAUUCAAGGCCAAUUCCAAAAGAUGACAAUUUCUCCUCAUUCAGUAAAACAUUCUCAUGAGUCAAACAAGGUUACAACAACUGCCAAACCCACCAUCUUCACCGGACUACUCACUCCUAUUACUGUUGGACCUUAUCAGAAUAAUGGGAAUUCUGAAAUAUUCCAUAUAAGUUCCUUUCCAAUUCAUGAUAAGCCACCUACAGAAGAAACUUCAAGAAAUGAACCUCCAAUCACAUUAAGCCCUGCAUUCUUUGAUCCAGAUGUUUUAGUUUCUCCACUACCUAUACAACAUGAGAUACCCCCAAAUCUACUUCCUAUUCAUGAUGGAAGUACUGACCCUAGCUAUAAGUAUAAUAAACAUGAGUUUCCGAUUUCUUCCCACAAAGAUGUCCCUAGACCAGUGUUGGGCAAGGAUAUUACAAAUGGAAUAUUCUUUGAACCUCCAGGAGGGAAUAACUUUCAUUUAAAUUCUCAAAAUAUUCCUGAUCAUAGCUCAUCUGCAACAGUGCCACCAAACUUGAUUUCAAACUCUCACUUUCCUCCAACUGAUUUACAUCAACCAAUUCUCCCUCCUAUCAUUGUUGGUUCAGCUAAAGGGCAGGUAGACAAGAAACACAAUCAUUAUGACCCACCCCCUCCACUUACCUACUAUGUGCCCCCAAAUCACAAGCAACAAGGUUAUGUAACCCCAGUUUAUAUACCUGAUCCUAAAUCACCAAUUCCACCUUCAGAUCGUGAUUUGUUUUCCAUUGCAGAGAAGUUAAGGGCAAAGCCAACUACCAAAGCCCCAUCAAAAAAAGAAACAGAAAAAAUCAAAGAAGUUAAACCCAAAGAACCUUCUCCAGUUAAACCUAAAGAACCUUCUCCAGUUAAACCUAAAGGACCUUCUCAUCCUGUUGUUAAGCAGCUGCCCCCAUUACCCCGAUCCUAUGCCAGGAAUGUACACCAUUUUCAUUAUCACUAUGUUACAACUCCAAUCCCUGUAAGGUUAGAAACACCAGUACCAUUAGAUAUUUCAACAAAUAAAAAUCCCCAUAUCCCCCCUCCAGAAGAAUAUAUACCACCACCCAUUCUUUUGGAACCUAUUGUGACUCAUCCUGAUGCAAAUAAUAAACCUGAUCUGCUCCAAAAUCCUGUUCCCAUCCAAACUCAAGUCCAUGGCCCAGAGCAGUUCUUCUUGUCUACUCUUCCUCCAAAAUAUAAGCCUGAUACUCCGAAAAAUCCAUUUAUUACUCUACCUCCAACUCCGGGUCCAGAGCAAUUCUUUCUUUCUACACUACCUCCAAAAUACAGACCUGAUCCUCCUUUACCAGCACCACCCCUUUCUACCCCUCCUCCAUACUAUGAACCUCAGCUAAAUGUUACUCCUGAUUUUACUCACAGGUACAUACCUAACCUGCAUGUCCAUGAGGUUUCCACACUACCACCACGGUACAGUCCAAAUCCAAGUCCACAGUAUCACAUAACAACUCCAGUUCCAACACAUUAUCCUGUUCUUAAUGUUUUAGCGCCUUUACCUCUGGAAAGACCAAAACAUUCUCUAGACCAUUUGCAGCCUCAAGAGGUUUCUAGUCAUCAAACAAGCUUUGGACCUGAACAGUAUUAUUUAUCCACUCUACCUCCAAGAUAUAUUCCUAAUCCAAAAGUUAUUAAUUUUCCCUCACCACCUAGUCACAACAUCCAUCACAAUGCUCUAGAAAAUCAGUUGCCUCUAAUUUCAGAACAUUUUCCAGACAAAGCUCCUUUACAUCAUUCAAUUCAAGAUCUAGAUCUACAUCUUCCUAACCCUCCAAACCCUCCUGUAGUUUUGCCAGAGGCUCCUCCAAUUAUUCAUCAUCCAGAAGCUCCAGUUUCAAUUUCAUCCUUACCACAGGAUCCUCUACUUCUGCAAUUUAAUGACUAUUCAAAUUCUGUGCAUCACCAAGAUACAAAUUAUCCCCCAAACCCUGAUCCUUAUUAUUAUGAUUAUCAGACUCCUGCAAGAUUCAAUCCUUACAACCACUAUAAUCCAUAUUGGAGGGAAGAUUUCAAUGAAAAUGGGGAUUAUGGAGAAAUAUCUGACUAUUAUGAAUCAUAUGAACCAGAAAAGCUGAAUCAUUUCACCCCACCUACCCUGGAUACGAUACCUACAUCCAGCCCAGUGAAGAGACAGAAUGAUCCAGGCGCCAACUACCAAACUACUGGGUUUGACCAAUUCAACUAUUCUCCUAAAAGUCCAGUGGCACAUGCAUAUACACCAGAUUAUAAUUCAAACAUUUUCACAGAUCCUUUAAACUUUCCUAAUGAUCCAUCAACAAUUGGCUCUGCUCAAUUUUCUCCACAAGAAUCACUGAGUUAUCUGCUACCUGAGUUUCGAACAGAGGUUUUAGAAUCCAGAAGUCUUGGAGCUGCACAAGUAACAACUAUGCCUGAGGAUAAGGUUGAAAAGCCUAUUCCUCCUACCAUAUUAAAUCUUACAGUUCGCCAUGCUGGUGAACCUCUACGACAUAGCUUUGAAACAGCUAUGUUACAUCAUUCAACUACAACACCUUCACCCUCACACUUACUUGCUUCAACUGCAAUGAAUCCUCAUGCAUCAAUCACUUACACAACAACCCCUCCUGCUCUUCAUUUUGAAUCUGAUCAUAAAUCCGAAGGAAUCUUCUCCUCUAGUCCAAAACCAAUCAGGAAGAAGUUUCCAGCUACGAGCACUCCAGCUCGUGAAGUAUAUUCAGCUACGACUUCUGCCACUGCUCAGAGAAGAAUCAACUACUCUUCCUCCCAACCACAGCCUCAGGUUGAGAAAAGUUCUGAACAAUUUUUUGUCAAGAAGGAAAAGGUGAAAGAAGUAAAAUCUGAAUACAACCCUAAAAAAAGGCAGAAACUAAAGAAAACAGAUUCUUCUCUUCCACAGGUUGGGGACAGAGAGGAGAGAUCAAACCCAUCAGAGCUCUCACAUCAAUAUAAUAUUAGAAAUAACAUACACACACUCAAACGUAAAGGCAUAAAAAGAUAUAAACAAACUAAAAGAAAAGUGAAAAUCUUACCCACGGAGUUCAAGGAAAGAAAUCUAGUCGAUAAAUCAAAGGAAAGAAAUCUAGUCGAUAAAUCAAAGGAAAGAAAUCUAGUCGAUGAAUCAAAGGAAAGAAAUCUAGUCGAUGAAUCAAAGGAAAGAAAUCUAGUCGAUGAAUCACAGGAAAGAAAUCUAGUCGAAAGGAAAGCUGAAUCAAGUAUAUCUAAUGAAAAGAAUGAUCAACUGAAAGAUAAAAAGCACACUAACGGACAUGGUCCUUAUUUGUUUAAAAAUAUUUCUUAGAUUUACAAUAACCGAAGCAUAUAGUUACAGGGUAAAUAAAUUUCGAGUAACAUUGAUAGAAAUGUACAGACCGUUCAUGUACUUUUAUUAUUGAAUUUUUGAUCACUUGCUUAACUUUUGGUUCAAGAUUAAGUAAUAAUUGUGCAAGCUUUGGAAUCCAUAUAAGAAAUAAAUUCAGUCUUGUAUAUUUGCAGUUGAACUCAAGUUCAAAGGGAUUAUAUAGCAAUAUACGGUCUAAUUUUUAUUUUGUGACAAUGGUAUUUGAUUGUUUUUUUAUUACAUAUUAGAUAUCUAUUAAGUUUUAUUUUAAGUUUUUAAUGAUUGUUUAAGUAAAAUACUAAUAUGGGGGGGGGGCAUUAAAGGGACUAUAGACGUGGAUUUCAAAUGCCCAUCCAUUUGCACAGGAAUGUCAAAUUUACAAUGGUCCCCUUAUAACUUUAUGUAUAAUAUACAUGUUUCCAUUACCUUUAUAAAAAAUUUGUUUUUAAAAUUUUAACGAGAACC